AUGACUGCGUAUCUCGGGCCCCUCACGACAACCUGGACCCCGUCGGCAUCCGACUGCCUGACGUCCUUCUUCUUCGGAAGCAACUCGAUCGGGCCAUGGCUCCAGCUCGGAACCACGGCGACAUCCUCAUGCCUGCCGCCUAACUUCAACCGCGACGUCUCAUACUUCUACUCGCCCGGCAUCUGCCCGUCCGGGUACACCGGCUACUUCUGCAUGGGCAACAUCGAGACGUCGCAGAUCUUCAACUGCGUCUCGGCCUUCCCCACCGGCGGCACCUACACGGUCGACAGCAUCUCGUUCCCGGCGUCGGGCACCGCCGACACGGGCACCACCACCGUCACCGUCACCCAGGGCGAGACGGUGCGCGCGUACGGGCCCAUCGUGCGCCGCGCCUCCGACGACCCCAGCUGGUCCAACGUCAUACCCACGAGCACCACGAGCGCCGCGUCGGCCGGCAGCAGCGCCGACGCGGGCACGGCGGCCGCGACGGCGGGCGCGGGCGGGUCGUCGUCGUCGGACGGCGGGGGGCUGAGCGGCGGCGCGAAGGCUGGGAUCGGCGUGGGCGUCGCGGUGGGCGUGCUGCUGAUCGCGGCGGCGUGCGUGGGCGGCUUCAUGGUGGGCAAGAGGGCGGACAGGAAACGCGUCGCGGCGGAUUAUGAGAAGCGGCGGGGAGGUGUGGCGCAGGAGAUGACGCCCGUGCAGGAGCUGUCGGCGGCGAAUGCGAGGCAUGAGCUGCAUCCGGCGUCCAUCUCGGAGCUGGACGGGGGCGCCCAGAGGAAGUGA